AUGAGUAGCAAGCUUUGGGAGUUAUUUUUGCGCGAUGACGUUGAUAGCUUCCGGCGGGUUCUGGCAACUGCCAGCUAUACCUCCGGUAGCCAGCGGGCUUCAGGACCUAGCGGAUCGUCUAAUUUCAAGAUCGGAAGCCCUGGGGGUACGAUAGCCUCCACUGGUCUCUCUCUCAAAAGCAAAAAAUUGAGCGGAACGUCGCCAGGAAGUCCGGUCCCGGAUCGAAGCAAUACACCUCGGAGUGGAAGGCCAUUAUCUCGGGAGGAAUUGAAUGCUCGUGAUCAACUCGGCAGAACACUACUCCACCUUGUGGCUUCGUCGACAAAACCUACUGCGACCGACUUUGCUGUGGCUUUACUCGAGGUGCCUUUCAUUGACAUAUAUGCACAAGAUUGGGAGAGUGGGUGGACAGCGCUGCACCGGGCUUUGUAUGCGGGCAAUGCCGCUAUUGCCCAAGCGUUACUGACUCGCGAUGUGCGUGAUGCAACGGACUUUAGUAAAUCGGGAAAUAUAAACAACGCGAGUGGCACCUUGAUAAAAAUUAAAGACCGAGAAGGGUACAGCCCCUUUGAUGUAUAUGGAGCUACAAUUGCAUCUCGUGACAUCAAGAGUAUUGUCUCUCUGACAGCGAAUGGUCUAAGUCUCGCCGAUCUUGACAAUGCGGACACUGCCUCCAUUGCAUCCUCAGAGCCUGACGAUUUCGACGAAGAUGGUCAUUUUGCAAAGCGAGCGCUAAAACCGAGAACAAAUGUACUAGGUGACGAAGUAUUUACGUUUGGGAGCAAUAAGAACCUGAAUCUUGGUGUGGGGGACCAGGACGACCGCCAGUAUCCCGAGAGAAUAACUUUCCAACGUCCAGGUCACCUUCUGCAGCGGUUCUUUUCCGAAUUCCGAGAGCAGCAGUUGGAUGAAGGGAGUUCAAAUCUCCAACAAUUGCGCGGAGUCACGGAUUUGCCAGCAUUGAUCAAGAACAAACCUAUCAAAAUUCAGAACGUUGCCAUGUCCAAGCUGCAUACAGCCAUUCUCACUAACGAUCCAGAGUCGAACCUGUUCAUGUGCGGCUUCGGCCCCGGAGCGCUUAGCAAGAGGGUUAUUUCUGUUGCCCUUGGCCAGGAUCACACUCUCGCAAUUACAGAGAACGGCGAGAUAUUCAGCUGGGGAAGUAACAAGUUUGGUCAAUUAGGUUAUGGCCUUCCAAGAACCAACAACCGAGACGAUGUGCCAAUGCAGAAGACUCCACGACAGAUAUUCAACCCGUUCAAAAAGGAGACCAUUCUUGGAGCUGCAGCAUCUGCGAUACAUUCAGUCGUUUUCAGCAACUUUGGUCUUUAUACUUUUGGUAAGAAUGAAGGUCAGCUUGGACUUGUCGACUCAGAUGCCCGAUCUCUUGAAACUCAGACGACCCCUCGGCGUGUCGGAGCGUCUCUUUUUAGUGCUCCAAUCCAGAGCGUGUCCGCUAUUGACCAAGCCACGGCCAUUCUCCUCCAGAACCAUGAGGUUUGGGUGUUUUCACAGUAUGGCUACUCAAGACUGUCUUUCCCAUUAGAUAUCAGCUCGAGUUUCAUUAGGAACAGCUUCAUGUCUACCCGGUACGACACUUCCGUCAAUCGUAUUAUUAAAGUAACGUCCGGUGGAAAUACCAUAUGUGCGUUGUCCAGUUCUGGUGAAGUCUUCACAGUACAAGUCAACAGGACGGAGAACCCACCGAGUUCGACUUCUACUACAAACCCAGCUAAAAUACGGAACUCUUUAUCUACACCGGCUCGAGUGUGGUCUGUGAAGAAGGCGCACAUGGCUGUCAGAGACGUCGAUGUUGGACAAGAUGGCUCGAUCAUCAUUUGCACGGCUUCUGGAUCGGCCUGGAGGAAAGAAAAGCGGGGGAAAGCGAAGGAUAGUUCAUCGAAAGACCACAAGUUUGUCCGCGUCCCUGGACUUUCUCGAGUUGUGAGCGUAUGUAGCAAUGCAUUUGGAGCUUUCGCAACCGUGCAACGGAACUGUGAUGUUACCAGGGAGCAAAUUAACAUCGACCAAAGCACACUGUGGAAAGAUAUGUUCCCACUCUCACCUUUCAACUCUGUAUUAGGCUCUGUUGCCACUGAUCAAGACAGUGUGUUGGACUCAGAGCCUGUCAUCAAUAUCAAGAAGGCCAUCAUGUCAGAGUCAGAUGUCGAGUCCUAUUUCCGACCGCUACAGACCGGGCGCUUCCCCGGAACAGUAUGGGUCAUGACCACAACCUCUGACAUACGUAUACCUGUGCACGAGUUCAUCCUGACAGGGCGCAGCCCGGUUUUGAGAAAGGCAUUCCAUGAUCUACGGCAUGCACAAUCCUUCUCCAUUCCUGAUGUGCUUACGAUCAACUACGACGGAGAAGGAUAUGCACAGCUUCAACUCCAAGGCGUUGACUUCUUGACUCUUCUGAAUCUCGCUUUCUACUCUUACACAGACAAUAUUUUCGAAGUGUGGCAGCUAGCCAAACAUACACCGGAAAAUGCAUCUAGAUAUCGUCAGGUCCGCUCUGAAGUGAUGCGUGUUGCCACUAGCCUGGGCCUUACUAGUUUGGAGAGAUCUGCCAGGUUAAUGAUUGAGCCUGCAAUGGCUCUGAAGUCAGAUAUGGAACGUGCGAUCAAUGAUAUCACGUUCUUUGACAGUGGUGAUGUGAUCGUUGAGUUGAAAAACGGCACUAUGAGGGCUCACAGCCAAGUUAUUUGCCAAAGAUGUCCGUUUUUCGACGCCUUGUUCCGUGGUCGUUCAGGUGGCAGGUGGCUUUCCUCCCGCCGUAUAGAUCCAACUGACGAUAUAUACGUGGAUCUAAAGCAUAUUGAUCGGCAUGUAUUUGAGUUUGUGCUUCGGUAUAUGUAUGCAGAUACGGAGGAGCAACUUUUCGACCAAGUUCGAACGAAUGACCUGGAGGAAUUCAUUGACCUAGUGCUUGAUGUUGCAUUCGUGGCAAAUGAGCUGAUGAUUGACCGAUUGGGUCAAAUCUGUCAGAAGAUGCUUGGCAGGUUCGUAACCACACGUAAUGUGUGUCAUCUCCUCAACGCCACUGCGCCUUGCUGUGUGACGGAAUUCAAAGAUGCUGCAUUGGAGUAUAUUUGCUUGAAUUUGGAAGAUCUACUCUCUAAUAGAUAUUUGGAGGAUCUCGAUGAAUUCUUGCUGGGUGCGCUUGAUUCUGUUUGUCACGAGAACCAGCUUUCAAGCUUCCCGGUGUCACGAGGGCGCAACUCCGAAGAAUAUGUCUUUGAAAAGUACCCUGAGCUUGUAUCCUUGGUAGAAAGAGACCGGCGGAGGAAGAUUGAUUCCAUGAGACUUCGGUCACAUGUCAGCCAGAUUGAGACGAACGAAGGAAAGCUUCGAGCAACACUCACGCCUUCAGCACCUUCGGGACAGAAAGCACACCAGACGCCUACUAAGGGGGCCUCAGCUGCCACGUCACGUAGCCCAUCAUUGAGGCCCCAGCAUUCAAUCGGCGACCUGAUGUUCCAAAUGGAUGACGAGAAUUUGCUCACACCGGGAGACUAUAUUAAAGGAAAGAUGGCAGUCCGUGGGGUCAAACCAAAUGAUGCCAAUGACUCGCGCUCAUACCCUGACUCACCGGCUUUGGGGUCUAGUCUAACAGAGGGAGGAUCAUUGGAAGGCCGAAGCUACCUGGAUGAUCAAAUGGCAUCCCCACAAGAUGCUAUACUUGCAGCGUCUCCAACUGAACUACGAGCUAGUGCGCUGAACGGGAAAAAGAACGGUUCUCUUACUCCACCAGACGUCUCUCAACAGCCGUGGAGUGCAUCAGUGGUUUCAGGCUCCAAGAAAAAUCUAAAAGACAUCAUGGACGAAGCAUCAGAAACCCGCGUGUCGAAUCUCAGUCUAGGCAUGUCUUCCGCCCCUCGGGAAAGCAACAGCAACAACAGCAACAACUUCACUCCAAAACUAUCCCAAAAGGAGCGCAAGAAGAUCCAGCAACAACAAAUGCAAGAGAUGCUCGCUGCUCAGAAAAAAGCCAAAGAACCACCCCAAAACCCAUGGAAGACGGCCACACCCACAAAGCCGAUCCCAUUAGGAGCCACCGACGGACAAGACAACCUAACCUCCGGCUCAGUCAAAUCAACCCCCAAGGCGCCCUCCAUGACCCUCCGUCAAACCGUCGCCGGGACACCACCGCCAUCAAAACCAGGAACACCACCUGUGCAAAUCCAGAACCGCAAAGCCUCUACCACCAACACACAGACUCCCUCCAAACCUUCCAUCUCAGGCCCAUCAACAGCGCCACCCCCCAACCCACCAGCAACCCCACAACCCCAGCCUCGACCCGCGAUCCAAUCAGUCCGCCACAUCCCCCGUCCAGAACCAUACCAAACCAGCUUCACCUCGCCCUCCCCCAACUCCCUCUCCCUAGCCACGAUCCUCAUGCAACAACAAACCGAAAAAGACGAAAUCCGCGAGGCAGCAACAGCCAAACACAACCUGCAAGACAUCCAAGCCGAACAAGAAUUCCAAGAAUGGUGGGACAAAGAAAGCAG